AUGGAGAUGGAGAUGGAGGACGUCUACAAGUAUAGCCGCUUCGAUCCUACCCCCAAGGAGGCCGUGACCUACUACCUGCCGCGUCUCAUCGCCGGCUCCUCGCUCAACGGCGCCGAGAAAGUCAUCCACGAAUUCGACAUCUACAGCUGCGAGCCCAAGGAUCUCGCCUAUAAGUACGACCCGGCGCCGCACGCCGUGUGUACCGGCGACCGCUUCUUCUUCACGACGUGCAAGCGCAAGAACGGGAGCAGCAACCGGAGCGCGCGCGUCGCCGGCGCCGGCACCUGGACGGGCAACAAGACCCAGAGCGUCUUGCUCGCGGGAGUCAAGGUCGGCGAGGUCAAGAGCCUUUCGUUCAAGAAGGACAAGGCGUGCACCGGCUGGGUCAUGGAGGAGUACCGGUGCGUGCUGCCACAGGCCGUCGUCGACGACGGGGAGAAGGUGCUGUGCAAGAUUCACUUGUCUUCGUCUUCAGGGUGCGCCGCCGCCCGCCAAGAAUCCGCCGCGUACAUGCUUCGUCAAGAACAAGAAGCAGCAGAGCUGCCCAUGCCAGAACCAGAUACGGUCAACGUGUCCGCGAGCCUGCAACUACAGAAGAGGCCAGCGCCGGUUGCUGCCGACGAUGUGUCGUGCUCUAAGAAGUUGCGGAUGGCCGACCACGUCCAGGAACUUGAGGAAGAGUACCAAGAUUGCCCUGAUUGGUGCGCGCCUGAUCCGAUUGAAGCUGAAGGGGACAUGGACCGGUUCACUUGCACUGUGGAAGAACUUCUCGGGGAACCCAAGGAAGAGAAUAAAGAACAAGCUGAGAACAACAUCCAACAGUUUGUGCCACCUUUUCCCGAGCCUGCUGCCGACUUGGAAACGGAGGAGUUUGAGGAAUUGGAAAUGCUUUUGGCUGAUGGUGAUGACAACGAAGAACUUCUCGGGGAAACUAAGGAACAAGCUGAGAACAACAUCAAACAGUUUGCGCCACACUUUCCCGAGCCUGCUUCCGACUGGGAAACGGAGGAGUACGAGGAACACUUGCAAAUGCUUUUGGCUGACCUCGGCGACGAUGACGAAGAAGAGCGCGAUGCCAAAGCGGUGGAAGAAUUCAUGAUGGGGAUCGACAAUAUGUGCAAAUCCCGCAGCGGCCGAUCUCCACUCUAG